GGGAAGGAUUGUGGUGAAGUGUUGCAAAAUUAACUCUUAUUAGACGGAUCCAAGCCAUUUAUAACUAUGGCGGGUCAUGGCUUUUAACAAGGCUCUAUUUCUACCUCUCUCAGUUAUUCCAUUGAAGCGCACUCAACGUUCUCCAUUAAAGCGCAGUUCACGUUCUCUGUUGCUGUAUCCCCCAUUGAACAAGCUUCUAAGUCGGCAUGGAUGCGGUGGAGAAGCUGGUGGCGCAAAUCCAAGGGCUAUCUGGUAGCGUAGGAGAUUUGAAUCAACUACACCUUUUCCUCAAACAAGCUGAAGACUCUCUUCGUCACAAUUCCUCUCGGUUGGCUCCUUUUCUUCAUCAACUCGAUCCUUCAGUGCAUUCGCUCGGUUAUCUCUACUUAUUGGAUGCUUAUACACAUUCAGUAUCAAGAGAUGGAGCUAAUGAGGUGGUUCUAUUGGUGGCUAGAUUUAUUAGCUCUUGCCUUGCUGAGCAGAUCCAACUUGCACAACAUAAGUUUAUUAGUGUCUGCAAGAGGUUUAAGGACCACCUUAUAGUCCUUGAGGCUCCCAUGAGAGGUGUUGCCCCAAUGCUGACUGCUAUCCGUAAAAUUCGCCCUUCUUCUGAGCAUCUGACUACUCUGCACCCCGACUUUCUUCUUCUCUGUAUAUUAGCAAAGUGCUAUAAGAGUGGUCUAUCCGUGUUAGAAGAUGAUGUCUUUGAGGUUGACCAGCCCAGGGAUCUAUUUCUCUAUUGUUACUAUGGGGGAAUGAUCUGUAUUGGACUUAAGAAGUUUGAGAAAGCAUUGGAGCUUCUUCGCAAUGUUGUUACUGCUCCCAUGUCUACAUUAAAUGCAAUAGCUGUUGAAGCAUACAAAAAGUACAUAUUGGUUUCACUAAUCCACCAUGGGCAGUUCAACACUCAUUUUCCUAAGUAUACAUCUACGGUUGUUCAAAGGAGUAUCAAGAAUCUAACUCAGGUGUACCUUGAACUAGUAAAUAGUUACAGCAAUGGGAAUAUCGCUGAGCUAGAGACAUUUGUUCAGGUGAACAAGGACAGGUUUGAAGGGGAUAACAACCUUGGAUUGGUGAAGCAGGUUGUUUCAUCCAUAUAUAAGCGAAAUAUCCAGAGAUUGACUCAAACAUACUUGACUUUAUCUCUUCAAGAUAUAGCCAAUACAGUGCAAUUGAACAGUCCCAAGGAAGCAGAGAUGCAUGUUCUUCAAAUGAUUCAAGACGGUCAUAUUUAUGCUACAAUCAACCAGAAAGAUGGAAUGGUUCGAUUCCUCGAGGAACCAGAACAGUAUAAAACAUGUGAGAUGAUUGAACACAUAGAUAGCUCCAUUCAGAGGAUAAUGGCUCUAUCAAAGAAACUAGCUUCUGUAGAUGAACAGAUUUCGUGUGAUCCACUGUACUUGGCAAAGGUUGGGAAAGAACGGCAACGCUUUGACUUCGACGAUUUUGACAGUGUGCCUCAAAGAUUUAACAUUUGAGUCGAAGAAUCUACUAUACAUGUUGGAAGCUACAUCCUGCUAAAGUCUGUGCAUUUCUUGUAGGACAAAGGACAGAUCAACUAUUUAGAUAGGACCUAUAUGAUGCCAACUGAGUAAAUAAUAUCCUUGUUUCAAAUCUGAUGAACAUUUUUGUUGAAUAGUCUCUUGCGUUUGCUUCCGUACAGUCAGUUACUACUGUGAAAAUUCUAUGUUGUCGGUGUUCCAUUUAAUGUUUUGCAAUUAGGGGCCAUUAUGUACUUUUGAGUUUUCAAGAUUAUGUAAUGAAAAUGGGUGCCGUCUGAGUAGUUAGUCUACAUGACUGUACCGGUUAGAUAA